AUGCAAGUGUCCGACUGGCUUAUGCUCAACGUUAUUGUUCCGUUUUCCACUACUUAUAAGAUCGCAAAAGAGGAUUGGAUGUGCGGCCAAGAAGAUAUCUUGAUGUCCUUGUCUUACAGUUCUAUGGCAGGUGACUGCGAGAUGUACGCCCUACGAGUCAAUCAGUGCUGUGCUUAUCAUGACGAAUGUUACAGUCUUCAGCUUGGGCAGCAAAAGUGCGACAACGAAUUUUGUCAUUGCUUGGAUGUUGUCUCCGAAAUUAUACGUGAUAGAAUGUGUGACAUGUUCAUCAGAGCGAAAUGCACUCUUGUAUCAAGAUUCGGGCAAUCGGCCUAUACAAAUUCAAAGAAGAGUAUCUCCUUGUUGUGGAAAUGGGAGUUAUACCUGCUUGUAAAUGGCCUGUACAGCACAUUCAGCAAACACAUCGAACUUAGUUUCGAAGAAAUAGUGAAGUCGUGUGUCCUGCUUCAUGAACACUGCAUAGAAGUUGUUGAUUCUGAUCCUGCCGAUUUAUGCUUGGAGGAACUGAAGAUAUGUGUUAAAACAGCAUACGAUUAUUAUCCUGAGGCUAGAUGCUUGUCUGCUAUAGAGGAAGUAUUUCCAGGAGCAGGUAAUUUGAAAACCAAGAAGAAUUGGCUAGAAGGAAGGCUGUACAUCCUCAAACCUUAUAUUUACAGAGCACUCUUCAUCUUAACGAUCUUGGUAGUUACCUUAUGCUUCAUGUCUUCGAUUGUGGGGCUCGUAAUGGUGUGCAGCAAGGACCCAGACUUAGACAGAGCAGUUGCGGGAGCGAGACGGUACCCACGGUGGUUAACAUCAUUGAGAGAGAUUGCGUCAAGAAGAGGUGACCACAGUGAAAAAAGGCAAAGAAAGAAAAAGAAAAGGAAAAGUAAACGCGGACAAACAUCUGAUCUAGAACUACCGUAA